AUGGAAGGCUCAGGCUUCCUGUACACGCAGCGCUCCAGAUGUCAAGGCGGACCGCUGCUAUGCGGGUGCGGCACGCUAACAAAUUUUGAAUUUGUAUACGCUGUUGUGACGAGCUCUCCUCUCUCCUACUUGUCGGACUCCUCUUACUACAUUCCCGGAAACUCUGUUGAGACUCCGGGGUCUUCGAUCGCUCAUCAGUACAUCUCCGGCAGCGUCAGGUUUGAUGACGACGAUCUAGCCAACCGAUACAUCGCCGUCCACGGUAACUUAAACCUCGACACCGAAGAGAAAAAAUCUACUCAUGAAGUGCAAGAUUCUCCAGGCGCUGAUGGUGAUGAAGUUCUCAGUGCAGAUUCGAGUCUAGAGGAUCAAGAACGUUACGGUUUGUUCUUUAUUGGAGAGGAGGAGAGUUUUGCAGGAUCAGAAGAGCACUCAGAACAGGUUCCAUUCUCAAAAUUCUACGUGCCACCUCGAGGCGACUACCGGGAGUCUGAGAACAGGGGAGCUGUUCUUCAAACGCUGCCUGAAGUCCAUCCGUCCUCGGUCUACUUCGACUCCCCUGUGUCCAUUUCAGAAACCGCUCCUGCCUACCAAACACCUUCUCGGCCGUCAUCCCGAUAUGGCUCGCCUAAAGUUAGCACUUCAGCGCCUGCGUACGCAGCUCCUUCCACUGAGCGUACAUACAGACCACCUACUACAGAGGCUUCACCCUCGACCACCGAAAGGACUUAUCAGCAGGUAACCACUGAAAGGUCGUAUCGCGCUCCCACUACCGAAAGGGCUCCCAGACCAACAACACCAACGCCGGUUUACACUCCCCCAACCCCAGAACGCAGCUACAAACCCCCAACCACUACUCAGGAACCACAACAAGUCGUGGUCACUAAGAGAAGAUACCGAACCUCAACUACGACAGAGCGAACAUAUCGUCCACCAGCCACCGAAAAAACUUACCGUCUCGUUAAGCCAUCAUUCAAAACAGAAGAAAUUCAAUCAACUCCUACAAAAAGCUACACGCCAAUCAGGAUUCGUAAUACCGCGACCUCAACACUAAAGCCGUACACGCCAAGGCGAAGCUCGACGUCUAGAACAAGCGCUCGAAUAACAACAACAACCGAGAAACCAUACAGCCUGUCAGCCCCAACCUACGAAGAAUCAACUGAGCGUAGUUACGGGAAACCAAAGCUAGUAUCAGUCAGAAAAUACACUGGGGCACCUCCGGUCACUUCGACCACGGAGAAAGUGGUCACAAAGAAAAGAAUAUCACAAGAGCCGAAAGGAUCAGUGAGGCCUAGGAAUAAAUACUCUUCCCCUUCUACUACAUCUGAAGCUAAUCCAGUUUACCUUGCCCCUGCCACUACAGAAAAAAUAUCUCAUUCGGUUUACUUCAAGCCUGCAUCUCAACUACAGCAAGAAGACGGAACUUUUGGUUCAAAAUUGACCGAACCAAACCGCAACGAAGAAAGAAAUUCGUACGCACUAUCACGACAACCUACCAUCGUGCCUACGUACUCUCCGCCUCAGAACUUCACAGUCAAGUCCGUCUCAGUCUCUUCGUCAUCAUCGUCAUCACAGCCAAGGAAACAAGGGUCUUUGUCUCGGUCUUCUUCCACGUACAAAGUUCCAUCUGCAAAAUCCGUACCCAAUGCGAAAAAACUUUCGUCCGUCACGCCAAGCCGACCCGACAGCAGAGCUGGGUCCAAGUAUGAGCCGCCUGUAUACAGAACAUCGAAUAAGGCCUACCAAGCUCCAUCAACCCCGUACCAAGAUCUCGGCCCCAGCCAAGCCGUUGCCGCUGCAGCCUCCCAACCUAACUUUGUCCGGGCUGGCAACAACAUCUACAUUCCUGAAGAGUACGACGAGAGUUCCAUACCUGGUGUAGCAGGAGUGGACUAUCCGGUGCACCAUCAGGUUCCAGAGACAGGCUUCCAGUGUCAGGCUCAACAACAUCCGGGACUUUACGCCGACACCGACGCUCGGUGCCAGGUGUUCCACAUCUGCCAAGAGUCCGGACAGCACGACUCGUUCCUCUGCCCCAACGGAACGGUGUUCAACCAACAAUACUUCGUAUGUGACUGGUGGUAUAACUUCUUGUGCGACAGCGCUGAACAAUAUUUUGGACUCAACGAGUUCAUUUACGAGCUGCCAGAAGAAAACUAUCGCAAAUCCUAAUGCAAUUUUAAGCUAGCUAUUGCAUACAUUUUUGAAAAUUUCCUUUGCCAUCUGCAGUGGUUCGAGUAAAUCUACCGACUUGGUCGAUUGUUAGGUGGAGUGGAGCCAUAAAUAAAAAAUGUGUGUAUUUAAAUAAGUAAUUAAAUUAUUUAUU